UUGUGGCGCAGUGACGUCACUCGCAAGGCUUUUAGAAUUUUGCCUUCUCCACGUCACCGGCAGGACAACUGGCUCAAAUAUACUUGGGUCUGCGGCGCGUGGAGCCGUUAGAAGCCGGACUAUGCAAACUAAAGCGCAAAUCCUACUUCUAUCUCACGUUCGCGUCUGAAACGCCGUCUUUUCACGCGUAGGGAGGCAUGAAGCGCAAAAGCGAGCGACGGAGCGAGUCAAGGAAGAGACUCUGCGCGUCUCUGAGGGACCAGACGGAGUCCAAGAGCGAUAUUUACCUUCGUAUCACAGAUCAGCUGUAUUUUGCUAUUCUUCAUCAGAAGGUGAAGAGCACUUCUGACAGGCACUGUUUCUGCAUCGAUGAAGAGCUUUCCUAUGAGAACUUCUAUGCGGACUUUGGCCCGCUCAAUCUGGCCAUGUUUUAUCGCUUCUGUUGCAAACUCAACAAAAAGCUGAAGUCUUGUGCUCUUGCAAAGAAGACAAUUGUGUUUUAUACCUGUGGUGACAGAAAGAAACAAGCCAAUGCUGCGUAUUUGAUCGGCUCUUAUGCUGUAAUGCAUCUACAGAAAACACCAGAAGAAGCGUACAGCCUUCUGGUCUCUCAAAAUGCGUCUUAUCUUCCUUUUCGAGAUGCAUCUUUUGGAGCUUGCAUGUACAAUCUGAAUAUCCUUGACUGUCUGCUUGCCGUUCACAAGGCGCUGCAGUUCGGCUGGCUGGAUUUCUCAAAGUUUAAUGUGGAGGAAUAUGAACAUUAUGAGCGGGCAGAAAAUGGAGAUUUCAACUGGAUAAUUCCAGGGAAGUUUUUGGCUUUCAGCGGCCCUCAUCCAAAGAGCAAAAUUGAGAAUGGAUACCCUCUUCAUGCCCCUGAAGCGUAUUUCCCCUACUUCAGGAAGCAUAACAUCACCACCAUCAUCCGGCUCAACAAGAAAAUGUAUGAAGCCAAGCGUUUCACAGAAAUGGCCGGUCUGGGCCGAACCGGGACACUGAUUGGCUGUUAUAUGAUGAAACACUUCAGACUGACUGCAGCUGAAGCCAUCGCAUGGAUCAGGAUCUGCAGACCCGGUUCAAUCAUCGGACCUCAGCAGAACUUCAUCGAUGAAAAGCAGGCGAGUCUGUGGGCAGAAGGUGAUUUGUACCGGCAAAAAAUAAAUGAGCAGGAAAACGGCUCGAGUAAAACGGCAGUGGCUGGAAUCCUGUCUGGAGUGGAAGAUAUUUCCAUUAAUGGUACAAACAAGAACAUCUCACAGAGGAAAACGGCCUCUGAAAUGCACACUGAGGAAGAGGAAGAGGAGUGCGGAGGACUCACACAAGGCGACAAACUAAGAGCUCUGAAGAGUAAGAGGCAGUCCAGAGCAUCCACGGGUUCAAUAUCGUUAGAAGAAAAUACAAUACAGUCCAAAUCAACAUCAAGGUCGUUAAGCUCAGAUAAAAGGAAAAGAACUCGGGCUUCCCUUGGAUCCAUCAGGGCCACUAGCCCUUUACAUUCAAGGCUUGCUAAAUCUUUAGGCAGCUUGCACGUAACGGCCUGUGAAAAGGAUCACGUGUUUUCUGACGUUAGCGCUGGCUCAGUGGCCAACAGUAAUUUCAUCAAGCAGUCGAACUUAAAGCACUUAAGCCCAGUGAACAGUCAGCCGCACGCAGCCCAGAGAUCCUCUGCUGUUUCACUGCAGCUCUAUGGCCACAGUCUGAGUUCCCUCGGCUCAUAACUCCAUCUCCAAAGCUCGAGCUCCUCUGCUGCGCUGAAAAGACCAACAUCCCUGCACUGAUAUAUCACUCGAGUCUUACUUCUUCAUGGCUUUGUCCAAGUCAUCUACUAUAAACCAUAUUCAAAGUGUUUAUUGGGAAAUCAGCAGAUGUUAAGCAUUUUUAUUUGAUCAAGAGAAAGCAAUGCAUUUAUUUUUAAAGCAUAUGUGAAGUUUGACUUUUUAUGCCAUUGUAAAUAUCACGAGUGCUGCCUUUGCCAUUAUGCAUUAUGUUACUAAAUCUGUAAUGUUUUUUUUUUUAAAUACUGUAUCUUUAUUAAUACUUACAGAAAUAUGACCGAAUGUGAAUCAUACUGUGUUAAUCAUGACUGUCUUAGACUAAAAGGACUGUUUUUUUUAUUUUUAAUGUAAAUACCGCAUACCUUUAGUUUGAUGAGCAAAUUUAAAUCAUGAUUAUUUCACGUGUGUAUACGUAUAUAUAUAUAUAUAUAUAUAUAUAUGAUAGGAAAGGAUUUGAGUCGUAUCCCUUUUAAUAAAUCCUUUCUGC